CAUCCAGUGGAGGAAGCAAGAAGGGCUAUAAGAGAAGCGACCAUCCUAAGGAUCUUCAUCACAUUGUCACCUAUUCUUGCUCUUCUGUUCAUUGCUUGUUGACUGAGGUGAGCCACUGAUUCAAGAUGUCUGAGACUCAACUGGAAAAAUGCUGUGAAUGCGUCAUCAACGUUUUCCACCAAUACUCGAUUCGAGUGGAUCAUUUUGAUAUGCUCAGCAAGGGAGAGCUGAAGAAGCUGAUUGAGGAGCAGAUGCCCAACUUCCUGAAGAAAAAGAAGGACCCAAAGUCUAUCGAUCGCAUAUUUGAAGAGCUUGACAAGGAUAAGAGCGGGCAGAUCACUUUUGAAGAAUUCAUGGUUUUCAUGACCAGAUUGUUGAUUGCCUGUCAUGAUCACAUCCACCAGAAAGAGGGGCAGGGUCAUGGCCACGGUCACAGCCACUAAACACCACCUGUGAGAUCAACAUUUCAGGAUCCUGGUUGCUGUUGCCACUGGGAGACAAUAAAGAUUGAUCCGGUGUUCCUCA